AGGUCUCCCAGCUGGAGUUACAUGAGUCUGGGAACUGAAGUUGGGCCUUCAGAAGAGCAAGGGCUCUGAGCCACCUCUCUAGCCUCAGCUGUUCUGUGGAAGGGCUCUUUUCCUCAUAUUCUUUUGACAUAUUGUUUGUUUUCAGACAGGGUCUUAAGCAGCAGUCAUUGUCUAGAAUCGUCCCACCUUAGUCUCCCUAGGCUCUGGGUUUGUAGGACUGAGCCACACGCUGCCCACCUAGCUGCAUCAGCUUACUGAGCUCUACAAGGUUUCUGGAAGGUGAGAUGACCUUGACCAGUUCACAAAAAGGGAAGCCGAGGCACAGAGCCCAGGUUCAAACAGGCUGACUGGCCGCUAGCCCAUAUGGGUAGCCACCAGCCUCUGCUUCCCUUAAAUGAAUUUCCUUCCAAAAGCCAUGCCUGUUGGGGGGUGGGCUGUGGCUGCCAGUCAGGCAUGACAAGGAAAGCCCAAGCCUCUCUUGAGUCCUCCUGACUGCCUUCGUCUCCUUGGGGACUCUCUCUAAUGCCUUCUCCAUCCACUGACACCCCUAUUCCUGCCUGUGGUCAGCCCAAAUACCAGAUGGGGUGAAUAGCAGCCUUUCUCAAACAUUCCUCGUCACUGCGGCUCAGUUUAGGCUGGCUGAGGUUAUGAAAAUAGAGCUGAGGUGGUUGGAACAGGCGGGAAGUGGAGGGAUGGGCUAGCUGGGCCUUGCCACCCUAUCCAGCCCUCUGCCAGCCCUCCUCAGGGAGGGGAAGGGGGUGGUCAUCCUCCCAGGCCUUGUGGUAUAGCCGAGUGUGUGUGUGUGUGUGAGUGUGUGAGUGUGAGUGUGUGUGUGAGUCCUAUGCUGAGACAUGGAGAGCAGCUGUAGUCACAGGGGAUGUUGGAGCAAGUGAAUGCUGGGCUGGAGCUUGAGGAGAGGCACCACAGAGCUGACUAUGAGGCCUCAAGAGUUGCUGCUGCUUCUGAUGCUGAGGUGGACCAAGGCACACAUGGAGGACCCUGCCUUCCCGCACUUGGGUGACGGCUCACAGACCCUGCUGAGGGCCUGUCCUUGGCGCUGCUCCUGUCCCCGAGAUGACACAGUGGACUGUGCUGGUCUGGGCCUGAGAGUAUUCCCAGACAAUAUCACCAGGGCUGCUAGGCACCUUUCCUUGCAGAGCAACCAGCUGCAGGAGCUCCCCUACAACGAAUUGUCUCGUCUCAGUGGCUUGCGCACCCUGGACCUGCAUAGCAACCUCAUCUCCUCAGAGGGCCUGCCUGAUGAGGCCUUUGAGUCCCUCACCCAGCUAGAGCACUUCUACGUGGCCCACAACAAGCUCUCUGUUGCGCCCCAGUUCCUGCCACGCUCCCUGCGUGUCGCCGAUCUAGCUGCCAAUGAAGUGGUGGAAAUCUUUCCUCUCACCUUUGGGGAGAAGCCUGCACUCCGGUCUGUUUAUCUCCACAACAACCGACUGAGCAACACUGGUUUGCCACCUAACUCUUUCCAUGGAUCAGAGGCCAUUACCACCCUAAGUCUCUCCAGCAACCAGCUCAGCUACCUACCACCCAGCCUCCCAGCCUCCCUGGAGCGGCUUCACCUGCAGAAUAAUCUCAUCUCCAAGGUGCCCAGAGGAGCACUGAGCCUCCACACUCGACUCCGAGAGCUAUACCUCCAGCAUAAUCAGUUGACAGAUGGUGGUCUGGAUGCAACUACCUUCAGCAAACUGAGCAGCCUUGAGUACCUGGACCUGUCCCACAACCAGCUGGCCACAGUGCCUGAGGGUCUACCCGGAACCCUGACCAUAUUGCACCUGGGUCGCAACUGCAUCCGGCAGGUGGAAGCGCUGCGGCUGCAUAGAGCGAGGGGCCUGCGCUACCUGUUGCUGCAGCACAAUGCGCUAGGGGCUUCUGCGCUGCCCGCGGGGACGCUGAGGCCUCUGAGGGCUCUGCACACGCUGCACCUCUAUGGCAACAGGCUGGAGCGCGUGCCCCCAGCAUUGCCCCGCCACCUGAAGUCCCUGGUGAUGCCCCACAACCGCGUGGCCGUGCUAGGUGCGCGAGAUUUGGUUUCUGCGAGAAGCCUGGCUGAGCUCAACCUGGCCUACAACCGCCUGGCCAGCGCGCACGUGCAUCCCGGCGCCUUCCGCCGCCUGAGCGCCCUGCGCAGCUUGGACCUGGCCGGUAACCAGCUGAGCCGGCUGCCGGAGGGCCUGCCCGCCAGUCUGCGCUCCCUGAGACUGCAGCGUAACCAACUCCGGGCCCUGGAGCCAGAGCUGCUGGCCGGCCUGAAUAAGCUGCAGGAGCUCAGCCUGGCACACAACCGGCUCCGCGUGGGCGACAUCGGGCCUGGCACCUGGCACGAGUUGCAGGCACUGCAGGUGCUGGAUCUGAGCCACAAUGAGCUAUCCUUUGUGCCUCCUGACCUGCCGGAGGCCCUGGAGGAGCUGCACCUACAGGCUAACCGCAUUAGCCACGUGGGCCCAGAGGCCUUCCUCAGCACACCCCGCCUGCGUGCCCUCUCUCUGAGGGCCAACAGGCUUCAUAUGACAAGCAUCGCAGCUGAGGCCUUCCUGGGGCUUGCACACCUGCGUGUGGUAGACACUGCAGAAAACCCAGAACAGGUCCUGGUCCAGCUGCCACCCAAGGGCAGGGGGUCCUGAGCCCUGAGGGCUAGCCAAGUAGCCCUGAUGAACUAUGGACUAAGAAGUUCUCAGUUGGGGCCUUGGAGGCUGGGCCUGUUCUGCCCAGCGUUGGCAGACACUAGGAGCAGGUGUCUGUCUACUUGGUGGUGGUUGGGGGUUGAAGCAGGAAGUAUGCUGCCUUGAACAUUCUGGGGUGCACACUAUACCUUCCACCAGAUGGUGAUGGGGAAAAUAAACUGAACCCUUUUCUACAUUCA